AUGGCCAAGGGGGAUCGAAGAAAACGCGCAAGUCAGCUACAACAGCGGCUUCAAAAGCCAUCAUUAAAGCAAAUACUUUCAAUGAACAUUGAAGAUAUGCCACAACUUGUCAUGAGCUAUGCCGGACCAGAUAGUAUCGACAAGCAACAGGAUGUUAUUCAGUAUUGUCUUCAACGAAUACUUCAAGGCCCGCGUCCAGAUCCUGAGUGUACUCUUCAGCCACGCAUAGAACAAGUCCGUAUACUUCGGCGCAUGAUAUAUGGAUAUAGCGACACUUUAUUCAUUGCCAGAACUGGCUAUGGAAAGAGCCUUAUUCUUCAAUCCUAUACAAUUCUGACAGGAAAGAUAACCAUUCAACUGGUUCCUCUAAACAAGCUUGGUGAUCAGCAAACAAGAGAUAUAGCACGGUUUCCCGGUGCCAAUCCUUGUCUGGUCAGUGCUGAUAAUCUCCAGGGGCAAGAAGACUUACUCAAACGCAUUCAACAAGGUGAGUAUACACAUAUACUGCUCAGUCCAGAGCAAGCUCUUUGCAAGCGAUUUCAGCAUGUUCUUCAAGACCCUACUUUACAAGAAAAGAUUGGGCUUGUAGCUAUCGAUGAGUGUCAUCUUGUCACACAGUGGAGUCAAUUCCGUAGUCAGUUUGCCAGGCUGGGGCAUCUGAGAUUGCUUCUUCGUGAGGAUAUUGUCUGGUUUGGCUGUUCCGCAACCCUCAGCAGUAAAGCUGAAGAUAUCAUUCUUCAAGAGGCUGGAUUUCGUUCUAUUGGUGUAAACCCACGGCAGACUCAGGUUAUUCGAACUUCCAUUAACCGUCCUGAUAUCUUUAUCGGCGUACAUCCGAUUCCACGCGGUAAACUUGUAUCCUAUGAUAUGUUAUAUUUUUUAUUGAACGAGGCCAUUGAUACAGAUGGAAAGAUCAUACCUCAACACAUUUUAAAGACCAUUGUCUUUAUUGACAGUCAUGUCAAGGUUCAACAAGCAGUGCAAUAUUUCCGAUCAAUACUUCUUCAGAUCUGUCAGAAUAACAGGCAGAAUGUCAACAAUACUGACACCUCUUUCAUCAAUGACACCAUUCAGCAUUUCACAUCUCGAGUGUCUGAAGUGGAUCAGAAUAUUCGCUUCGAGGAGUUCAUGAAACCUAAGUCAAUGGUAUCCAGAUCAGAAUCGUGA